UCCCCUCGGCUCUCCCCGGCUGCGGCUGCUCGGCCAUGGCGGAGCUGAGCACGGAGCGGCUGCGGGCGCUGCCCGGCAGCUGGAGUUACGGGAUCAGCCAGGGCGGCCGCGUCUUCUGUGUCUGUGUCCGUCCCCGCAGCGAGGAGGCGAAGAGCACGACCUGGCUGCACCCGCUCACCGGCGAGGCCGUGAUCACCGGGCACCGCCGCAGCGCAGACUUACCCACAGGUUGGGAGGAAGCAUAUACUUUUGAAGGUGCAAGAUAUUAUGUAAACACCUCCCAGAUGGCUCUGCCCCAAGUGCACACGCUGAAUUUUAUCUUCUGCCAGAUCCUUAUGAGGUCAGUCGAAGGAAAACAAGAACAGCUCCAAGAGGCUCUGACCCUACUUACAAUGAACUUGUGAGUACCAUUCACUUUCUUCCACCCCUUCUUGUUUCAUGGAAUCAUGG